AAAUCUAAAACCAGUCGAUUGAUCGCACACGUGAAACAGAAGAAAUUGUAAACAAACAUUAUCACAACCAAUAAUGCGGCCGUUGACAGAAGAUGAAACUCGAACAUUCUUCGAGAAAUUAUCAAAAUACAUCGGUGAGAAUAUCAAGAUGCUGUUGGACAGACCUGAUGGCUCUUACUGUUUCAGACUUCACAAGGACAGGGUCUACUAUGUCAGAGAAGAACUCAUGAAGCGAGCUGAAAACAUUGCCAGACCGAACCUGGUCAGCUUUGGUACAUGCUUUGGAAAGUUCACAAAGACGGAAAAGUUUCGGCUUCAAAUAACAGCUCUAGAUUAUUUAGCACCAUAUGCUAAGUUUAAGGUAUGGUUGAAGCCGAGCGCGGAGCAACAGUUUGUGUAUGGUCACCACGUAAUGAAGUCCGGUCUCGGCAGAAUUACAGAAAAUACAUCCCAGUACCAGGGGGUAGUGGUCUACAGUAUGGGAGAUAUACCAUUGGGGUUUGGAGUGGCAGCAAAGUCCACCCAGGAGUGUCGACACACCGACCCAAUGACACUUGUGUGCUUCCAUCAGGCUGACAUUGGCGAAUACAUCAGAAAUGAGGCUGAACUUACUUGAUCAUAAUUGUUACUCUUGUUGUGACAAUUUCCUGGUGAAAAAUACCUAAAUCUGUUACGUUUUAGUGUGAAAAGGCACUAAAAGAAUGUGAUGUUAUUUAGUAGUUAUAAAAGAUCAUGAAAGAUUUUAAGCUUUGUUGCACAAAAUGUGCGCAUCUUAUUUACAAGUGUUUCAAAUGAUCACUUUUUUAAUUAAUAUUUCUGAAAAGAAAUAAUUUCUUUUUUGAAAAUUGAAUUUUGCAAGAUGGUUUCAAAAUGAAUAAAAAGGUGAAGGAAUUCUAGACAUUAUUACGUGAAAUUGAUUUAAAAAUAAUCUGACACAUUUUUGAUGAAUUUGUUUUUGUGAAACUGUUAGAGGCAUGAAUUGGUCCAUCUAAAUGGAUGAUUUUUGUACUUGUCCCGAUGCAGGACAGGGAUACAUUAGAAAUGCCUAAAUGAUUAAAAAGUAUCCCUGAACGCUCAUAAUUGUGGCUGAUAUGGCUGCGGUACAAUCUUACAUUUUCAAAUAUUGAACAUGAACAGAGUUGUUGGCACUCCUAUUGCCAUCGCAAUAUUUCUUGUGUUUACUGUUGAAAUCACAUUAUAACUUCAGUGUCACAUCUAUUUAAUGUCUAUGGUUAAUUGAAUUUCUUCAAAUGUUAAAUAUUUAAUUUGACUUAUUUUUAGAAAGUAACACUUGGUAAGUCCUAAGCAUUGAUAAAAACAUUUAAAAUGUACCAGGUAAUGUGUCCCAACAUAUUUUUAUCCACUCCAAGUCAAUAAUUUAUUGCAAUUAACAUGGAGUACUUGCUUGUAUGAAGGUACAUCACUUCAUUACCAAACAGCUCGUAUGUGUUCAUUACCAAACAGUUUAUCUGCGCUCAUUACCAAACAGUUUAUCUGCGCUCAUUACCAAACAGUUUAUCUGCGCUCAUUACCAAACAUAUUCUCUUGAGUUCAAUACCAAACUGUUCAUGUGUGACUCUUCAUAUGGUACAUCUUCAUAUGGUCGUUUUGUUCUUGUAUGAUUGUAUUUACCAUUUUUGAAUUGUAAUAAACUUUUUAAAGCAUUAAA